AGAUUUUUCUAAUGUUCAACAGUGUCACACUAAGCUUAUAUAGACUGCAGUAUUGAAAAGAAAAAUACAAGAUAGUUGCCCUCUCUACAAAGUGGCAGUAGAUGAGACGCGCGCUAUUUUUUUGGACAUAUUUUGCCACUUGGGUUUGUUUGAGCUUCCCACAAUUUGCAUAACUUCAUGCUGUGAAAUUAUCUAUCAAAAAGAAGUUAGAAAGAGAGUAAAAAAUAUGGAGACUAUCUCAGUCUCCAAGCUGUUCAUCUGUUUAAGCAUGGCCUUGUUGGUGGGUAAUCAGCUGAUCCAGUGUAGUGUGACCUAUGAUAAGAAGGCUAUCAUCAUCAAUGGCCAACGGAGAAUCCUCAUCUCUGGUUCCAUACAUUACCCUAGAAGCACUCCUGAAAUGUGGGAAGAUCUCAUAAGCAAGGCUAAAAAUGGAGGAUUAGAUGUUAUUGAUACCUAUGUGUUUUGGAAUGUCCAUGAACCUUCACCUGGAAAUUAUAAUUUUGAGGGGCGAUAUGAUCUAGUACGGUUCAUAAAAACAGUGCAAAAAUUGGGCCUCUAUGUUCAUCUGCGCAUUGGACCUUACGUAUGUGCAGAGUGGAAUUUUGGAGGAUUUCCUGUAUGGUUGAAGUUUGUUCCUGGUAUCAGCUUCAGAACAGAUAAUGGACCUUUUAAGGCAGCAAUGCAUAGGUUCACCGAAAAAAUUGUUCAGAUGAUGAAGAGUGAAAACCUGUUCGAGUCCCAGGGUGGCCCCAUCAUCCUAUCUCAGAUUGAAAAUGAAUUCGGGCUGGAAAAGAACGCACUUGGAGCUGCUGGUGACGCAUACGUAAAAUGGGCUGCAAAGAUGGCGGUAGGGCUAAAUACUGGAGUCCCAUGGGUGAUGUGCAAAGAAGAUGAUGCUCCUGAUCCUGUGAUAAAUGCAUGUAAUGGUUUUUACUGUGAUGGUUUUACUCCCAACAAACCUUACAAGCCUACUUUGUGGACUGAGGCUUGGAGCGGCUGGUUCACAGAAUUUGGUGGCACAAUCCCCCAGAGACCAGUUCAAGAUUUGGCAUUUGCAGUUGCUCGUUUCAUAGAGAAAGGUGGCUCAUAUUUCAAUUACUACAUGUAUCAUGGAGGAACAAAUUUUGGACGCACUGCUGGAGGCCCUUUCAUCACAACCAGUUAUGACUAUGAUGCCCCACUAGAUGAAUAUGGUUUAAUCAGGGAACCAAAAUAUGGCCAUCUGAAGGAGCUCCAUAGGGCCAUUAAACUAUGUGAACGGGCUUUAGUUUCUUCAGAUUCUACUGUCACUAGACUAGGAACCUUUCAGGAGGCUCGUGUAUUCUCUUCAGCGAAUGGAAAUUGUGCAGCCUUUCUCUCGAACUUCGACAGCAAUUCUGCCAAAAGGGUGAUGUUCAAUAACAUGCACUAUGAUUUGCCCCCUUGGUCCACUAGCAUCCUUCCUGAUUGCAGAAAUGUAGUCUUUAACACUGCUAAAGUUGGAACUCAAACUUCAAGGAUGCAAAUGCUGCCAACCAAUUCUGAGUUGCUCUCUUGGGAGAUUUAUGAUGAAGAUGUUUCUUCUUUAGAGGACAGUUCGGCGAUGACAGCUGUUGGACUGUUAGAGCAGAUAAAUGUCACUAGAGAUAGCAGUGAUUAUUUGUGGUACAAGACAAGAGUUGACAUUAGUUCAUCGGAAUCAUUUUUGCGAGGAGGACAAUGGCCCACUCUCACUGUGCAAUCAAGGGGCCAUAUAGUUCAUGUGUUUAUCAAUGGGAAGCUUUCAGGGUCGGCUUAUGGUACCAGGGAGAACUCGGGAUUUACAUAUACUGUACCAGUUGACCUCCGUGCUGGAGCAAAUAGAAUUGCUCUACUCAGUAUAGCUGUUGGAUUGCCAAACAUUGGGUUGCACUUCGAGACAUGGAAAACAGGAAUCCUGGGGCCAGUUGUGCUGGACGGUCUUGGGCAGGGAAAGAGGGACUUAUCAUGGCAGAAAUGGAGCUACAAGGUUGGCCUUAAAGGUGAGACAUUGAAUUUGGACUCUCCAAAUGGAGCUUCAUCUGUCGAGUGGAUUCAAGGGUCACUGGUCGAUCAUCGCCAGCGCCCUUUGACAUGGUAUAAGUCGUACUUUAAUGCACCACAAGGAAAUGAGCCGUUAGCUUUGGACAUGCGAAGUAUGGGAAAGGGCCAAGUCUGGAUCAACGGACAAAGCAUAGGAAGGUAUUGGAUGGUUUAUGCAAAAGGCAAUUGCGGUGCUUGUAGUUAUUCUGGGACAUACCGAGCCCCAAAGUGCCAACUUGGUUGCGGUGAACCAACUCAGAGAUGGUACCAUGUUCCCAGGUCUUGGUUGAAGCCAACACAUAAUCUGUUGGUAGUACUCGAAGAACUAGGCGGGGAUGCAUCAAAGAUAUCUCUGGUGAAAAGAAGAGCAACUACUGUUUGUGCCAAUGCAUAUGAACACCACCCAACGACCGAGAAUUGGUCUACCGAGAGCUCUGGCAAAUCAAAGAUGCAUCAUCAGGCAAAGCUUCACCUGCAGUGUGCACCAGGACAAUCCAUAUCAGAAAUUGAAUUCGCGAGUUUUGGCACACCUCAGGGAACUUGUGGGAGUUUCCAGAAGGGAACUUGCCAUGCACCAAACUCUCAUGCCAUCUUAGAGAAGAUGUGCGUCGGACGAGAGAGUUGCGAGAUCCCCAUAUCCAACAGUAACUUUGGAGCAGACCCAUGUCCCAAAGUGUUAAAGCAGUUAUCAGUUGAAGCUAGCUGUUCUCCCACAGCAACAUAAAAAUGGCCAAAGAAGGGUAUAAUAAAAAAAAAAUGCCAAUGCAGUUAUUGUUUGGUUGUACAGAAUGGAAGAUUUGAAGAUAAAUACCACAUUGAACUGAUUGAAGUAUUCGUCAGGUAGAUUGGUCCAGUGCCAUGUUAUUUCCCACUUGAAAGAUAGCGCGAACGGAAUACAAAGUAAAUUUUUUUUUUUUUUUUUUUGAUAAGCAGUAUGAAUCUGAUAGAUUUUGAGUAUAUGGUGGGCUCAAUUGUUGUUCUAAAGUUCAUUCCCUGACCUUGUAUCUAGAAAGGGACACCAAGAAUAAUUUGUGUAAUGGUAAGUUGCAAAUAAAGCGAUUGAUUUUUCUCCUGCA